AUGAUAACUUUGCUUCUACCAGAUUACCAUCUAAGCAGGGAUUCGCAUGUGGUCACCCACCAUACUACUAACCUGCCGGCGUGUGGCUUAAGUACGGCUGAGCGGACGGGAAGCCCUGUUCUCCACACCCUAUGGUCGUAUGUACUGGAUAUCUCUGUCAAGGAAAUAGAUAUCGAAUAUAAAUUAUAG